UCCCGCGGAGAGCAGUGAAAAGAAUCCACACUACUAAACCCUAAUUUGUAACACUAUUUCGCCGCAAUCGUAUAAUUCACUAUCUUUACAUUCCUGAAUGAACAGCGAAUUCGGAGAACAAAAAAUGCUGAGAGAAGAGAAACCAGAAGCAUUUGCUUCACCGGAACAGAAUCCUGAAGAUGGUAGCAGUAAGAAGAAGAAGAAGAAGAGGUGUAGAUGGAGAAAAAAGAAGAAAAUCAAUGAAAACCCUAAUCCUCAGCCUCAGGUAUGUUCUGAACCCUUAGUAGUAGAUGCCCCAAUCUCAGAACUCAAAUCAAACGAAGAAUCUGUUACUUUACCUGAUUCAAAUAAUAUCGCUACGAAAAAGAAGAGGAAGAAGAACAGGAAUAAGAAUAAGAAUAAGAGCAUGAUCAAUGCUGAAGAACCAAAACCUGCGUUAGAGCUAGGAAAGAAUGAAGAACCAAAACCCGCUUUAGAGCUAGGAAAGAAUGAAGAACCAAAACCCGUGUUAGAGCUAGAAAAGAAUGAAGAACCAAAACCCGCGUUAGAGCUAGAAAAGAAUAAAGAAGUAGAAUCAAUUGCAGUUGCAAAAACUAUGACUAGGAAGAGAAAACGAAAAAGUGUGCAAAAUGGGGCAGAAUCCAAUGAGCAUAAUAUUGAACAGGCUGAAACUGCGGUUCAGAUGUCGAUACUAGAUACAGAAGUGCCUCCGAUUGACAAAGCAAUAGCUGUGAAUAAUCAACAUGUAAGCUUAGAUGAACUGGAAGAGAGGUACUUUGAGAGAAAAAAGACGAGGAAGGAAAGAAGGAAGGAGUACUUGGAGAUGAAAAAACUGAAGAGUGAAGUCAAAACUAACGGGGAAGAAAAAAUCCAGAACGAUACACCUGAAACCCUAGCUCAGAGACCUUCUGACCCGAUUACAGAACCCUCAACAGACCCGACUGUUGUAAUGGACACUCACCCUGCAACCCCAAUAGUCGCAGAACUGGAAGAGAGGCACUCUGAGAGAAAAAAGACGAGGAAGGAAAAAAAGAAGGAGUACAUGGAGAGGAAAAAACUGCAGGGUGAAGUCAAAACUAACGGGGAAGAAAAAACCAAGAACGAUACACUUGAAACCCUAGCUCAGAGACCUUUUGACCCGAUUACAGAACCCUCAGCAGACCCGGCUGUUGUAAUGGACACCCACCCUGCAACCCCAAUAGUCGCAGAACAGAAGAUUGCAAAGAAGAGACACAAGAAGAAGAAAAGGAAGCGUGAAGCGGUACAAUAUUCAAUUGCUGAAACCUCAGUUCAGGGAACUAAAGGAGUCACUGUCACUAAUGCUCCCAAUGGUCAACAUGGGCAAAGUUCUAUGUUAUGCUGGGCAUGCCGAGAGACUGAUCACACCAUACAACAAUGCCGAAAGCUUAAAUCUCUCUCCAAGGAUGAGGACGUUUGCUUCUUUUGUGGGGAAAUCGGGCACUCACUAGGAAAAUGCUCAGUAUAUAUAGCAGGUGGAGGAAGGCUUGCUAGGUGCUUAUUUUGUAAUGCACAUGGGCACUUCAGCUAUAACUGCCCUGGAAAUUGUCACGAUCCAAAGGGGUGGCCGGUGGAAGCUGAAAGCAUGGUCCAGUGCUGAAGUUAUAACUGUGGGAGAAGGGAUGAAAUUUUCUCAUUUAAAUAACUUAAUCACUUUAUUUUUAUUGAACACCUUUUCCCUUUAUAAAAUGGUGUCGUGUUCUUGACAAAAAAAAAAUGGUGUCGUGUUAUUUUUUGUAUCUUUUUUUGAAAAGAUUCAAAUAAUAUACCAUUUUAAUGUUGUCAAUUUUUUUUUUUGAGAAAUGACAAUGGUUACGGAUACUUUUUGCACGAAACUUGUAGAAGCUUACACGUUUCUUCACUUUUGCAAAGACAGUUUCUUCA